CUUUUGCUCUUUCUCUAUCCCAAAGUGGCUUCACUUCAUCUUCUCCAACAUCAUAUUCAUUCUCUCCUACAUAAUCUUACUUUUAUUUCAAACAUUUAUCCUACUCUUUUUUCAGGUAAAUACAAAACCCAAUCCUCUCUUUUAACACUCUUAAUCACCACUCUACUCAAUGCCUACUUUCCCCAACAUUUAGUAUCACAAAACUGUUAACUUUUUUUAGGAUACAAUGUCAAUUUUGGAAUUCCCUCCUCUCCCUUUAUUUUAUUAUUUCUUCUUUCUUUCUUCAUGUAUAGGGACAUCUAUUGAUUCUUCUGGGACUUGUCAAUUUAUUGCAUUUGGGUGCUGCGCCUCCAAUCUUAUGAUCUUAAAAGUUUUCUAUGUACUAAUUCUUUGCUGGUUGAGUACAUGGACAAGGAACUUCAAGCUGGAGUGGACCACUCUUAGACUGCUACUUUUGCACCACCCCUUGACUCACCCAAAUCUAAGGCCUUUCAUUACAAUUCAUGGGGUUGCUCUUGCUUGCUUGCUUGCUCGUGGCCCUCGUUGGUUUGCAAGAGACGAAUCGGAGCAAACUUGGAUUAGUUCUAAUUAGGAGACCAAAGGAAUCUGGGCAAGAAUGAUGGAGGAACAAUGAAUCCCAAACAAAUCAGAUGAGGUGCAGUCUCUGCAUCAAUUCAAAAGCAGAAUUCAUGGAAGACAUCAUCCUCGUACAAAAUCAAAAGAAGAAAUGGAUGAUGACAUAAUUUGCAAGGACAAAUAGACCAAUCAAAAUGCAACAAGAUUACCUUCAAAUCUUCAAUGAUAUGGAUACAGUUGGAGCAAUCUGUCAAAAAUAGACAGAAAGCUUACAAACUUUUCAAAGAAAAAAAAGGAAGGACAAACUUAGUUUUAUAUUUUUAUUUACAGUAAACAAAUAUCUUUUUUUUUCUUAAGAGUUUUCAUGCCUUUAUUGUUUCAUUCUAUUUUAGGAGAGCUGAUAUGAGUUAUUCUGUUUAUACCAGAGAGAGAGAGCUUAGAAAGUGAGAAUCAAUUUCUGUUAUGAAAAAGGCAGAGCUAGGAUGUGAGAAUAUCUGGAAAAAGUCAUAGUGCCGUUUGAGAAAUUUGUUUUUUGUAUUGGCUUGAAUUGGUAUUUGUAACUUGAAUUUGUUUAUAGUGAAAAAUUCUACCAUUUGUUGUGGUGGAGACUGGAUGUAGAUCCCACUUUGGGAUUGAACCAGGAUACAUCG